AUGAGAUCACUCCAUGACCAACUGAAGGAAAUGGGCGUCAAUGUCGAUGAUAAAGAAUUGGCGAUGACUUUACUUGGUAGUCUUCCUGAAGAAUUCAAGCCUCUGAUCACAGAUUUAGACGAUGUUGGAGAAAAUAAUUUAUCAUAUGAAAAAGUAAAAGGAAUGCUUUUGAAUGAUGUCGAUCGAAAGUCUGAUACGAAAAAGAAUGAAGAUGCUUUUUCUGCACAGCGUGGUUUUGGUGCAAAAGGCAAAAGAUGGCCCCGACAUGGUAACACUCAAGGAGGUGAUGGAAAGUCAAAUUAUCAGAAAGGUGAUCGGAAAUCUGAAAGACCCUUUCAUGGUCUUUGUCAUUUUUGUCAUGAGAGAGGACAUUUUGCGAGAGACUGCCUCAAAAGUCAAAACGAAUCCAAAGAAUAAGAAGUUUGCUAAUGUUGUAAAAGGAGAACAGCAAGAAGAUGUUCACGAGGUCACCAAUCAAGAAGCUUUAUUUACUUCUAAUGACGAUAUCAAUUGUGGUUGGAUUAAAGAUUCAGGUGCUACACAACAUAUGACGUCUAAAAAGAGUCGACUGGUCAAUUAUGCUGAAUUUAAGCAACCUUGUAAUGUGAAUCUUGGCGAUGAUCGCACUAUUUUUGCAUUUGGUAAAGGAACUUAUAAUCUUGUAGCCGAUUUGGGUAACGGACGUACCCAAAACAUUGCUCUCAAGGAAGUUCUGUACUUACCUGAUCUGAAGAAGAAUCUGUUGUCUGUCCAAGUAAUGGGAAAGUUAGGUGCAUUAAUUCAAUUUGAUGGUGUCCAAUGCAAGAUAGAGAGAAAUUCAAAGCUGCUAGCUACUGGUGAGCUGUAUGGUAAGCUGUACAUGCUGAAGAUUAUUCCUGGAGUUGAGUAUAUCAAUGUUGUGAGAGAAGCACCAGAUAAGAAUUUGUGGCAUUGUCGAUUUGGACAUUUAGGAAUGAACGGUAUUUCUAAAUUGAUCAAUGAGAACAUGGCUGAAGGAAUGAACUGUUCUGACCAUGGUAAAGAAUCAUCAUUAUGUGAAUCAUGCGUGAUGGGAAAGCAACACCGCACACCAUUCCAAAAGAUACCCGACACCGAGCAAGUGAACUGUUUGAAAUCAUUCAUACAGAUGUUUGUGGUCCUAUGCAUGUAAAAUCAUUUGGGAAUUCACAUUAUACUUUGUUACAUUUAUCGAUGACUAUUCAAAGUAUACACAGGUGUAUUUUCUUAAGAGUAAAGAUGAAGUCCUUGAAAAAUUUAAAGAGUUUGUGAGCUACGUCAAUACUCUUGGAAAGAAGGUGAAAGUUCUACGAUCGAACAACGGCGGCGAGUAUUGCUCCAAAGCAUUCAAGGAUUACUUGAAAGAACAUGGAAUCCUACAUCAAACAACAGUUCCGUACAACCCUGAACAGAACGGUACCGCAGAACGCAUGAACCGUACUCUACUAGAAGCUGCUCGUUCAAUGAUGUAUCACGCUGGUAUGCCUAAAGAAUUCUGGGCUGAAGCGGUGAACACUGCAACGUAUACACGAAACCGAAGCUAGUCCUACUAAUUCUUUGAACAAUGCUACACUAUUCGAAUGCCUAUUUAAUCGCAAACCAGAUGUAUCCAAUUUAAAGGUAUUUGGCUGUGUGGCAUAUGUACAUGUUCCUAACCAUCAACGAAAGAAACUAGAAGAGAAAUCCAGAAAGUGCAUGUUUGUAGGAUAUCCCGAUGGUGCUAAAGGAUUUAAACUGUUCGACCUGAAAAAGAAGACUUUCAUCAGAAGUCGAGAUGUUAUAUUUGAAGAAAGAAGUUUUCAUAAGUUCAAAUGCGAACAGUCUUCUGAAUCAAAUUCUGAAGUCUACUACCCAGCAAAGGAAGCUUCCCAAGUUAAUUCACCAAUUGUUCAAGCUCAAAUUCAAGCUGGUGAUGAAAAUGUGAAUGUUGAAGAAAAUCCUCAACCGAUUUUGGAAAACAAUGUUCCUCUCCAAGAAAAUGAUAACAAUCGAGUGGGAGCUAGGUAUGAAGAUAACUUUAUGCGUGAAGAGGAAAAUUUGAAUCAACCAAGACAACGAAGGGCACCUGAAAGAUACGAAGAAAUGUACGUCUGUGCUGAUGAUCUUACUGCAGAUAUAAACGAACCCCGAAAUAUCUCGGAAGCCUGGUCUAAUGAGUACAACACACAAUGGAAGAAAGCGACCGACUCGGAGUUCAAUGCAUUAAUGGAAAAUGGCACAUGGGAACUUGUACCUCCGCCUGAAGAUAAAAACAUCGUGGGAAGUCGAUGGGUCUUCAAAGUCAAGCGAAAGGCAGACGGAUCAGUUGAAAAGGUAGACGGAUCAGUUGUGGCCCAGUGA